AUUUAAAUUUAUACACUUUGGGGGAGUUUAAGUUGUCUUAUUGAAUUGCGCCCGUCGACCCAUUCACCCAUGUUAGGAGUACAUUCAAGAUCGUGUAGCGUUUGUCGUUGUGUUCCGAAAUGGCAGUACCAAAAACUAUUGAGCAGGCUUUUCCAGGUCACAAACGAACCAGUUCUGUUGCAUAAACCGGGUAGUACGGAACGUCAGAAGUUGGAUAGUACGUUGGAUACUAUGAUUAUAAACGGGCCUUAUCAUGUGCCUAUAUGUAUUGAUUCAAACGAAUUAUCAUCCGGACAACCUCGAAGGCAGAUUUUGAAUCAAGCCAUUUGAGCAUUCGAAAACACUGGUCAAUUUUUAUCAUGCCUCAGGAGAGCAAAUAAAAUCUGCAAUUGAAUCUUGUCUAAUAGCUCGUAAAACGUGGUCACGCACAAGUUUUGAUGAACGCGCUAAGAUAUUCUUAAAAGCAGCGGACCUUGUUAGCGAUAAAUAUCGCAUGGAGUUGUUGGCAUCAACUAUUCUCGGUCAAGUAAGACCAUAUACUUUCUAUUCUAGGCUAUGCCCACUUUAAGGCGAAAACAAUUUUUCAGGCUGAGAUUGACGCAGCUGCAGAAUUAGCAGAUUUCUUGCGUUUUAAUGUGAAAUUUGCCUCAGAAGCCCUGCAAUAUAAACCAAUCAAUACCCAGGAUGCAAAGAAUGAAGUAGUUUACCGAGCAAAUGAAGGGUUUUGGGCUGCUAUACCACCAUUUAAUUUUACAGCUAUUGCAGGGAACCUAGCAAGUGCCCCAGCUUUAAUGGGGAAUGUUGUGAUUUGGAAACCCGCUGAUACAUCCAUAUAUUCUAAUUAUCUUGUUUACAGAUUAUUCCGCGAAGCAGGUUUACCCCCUGGUGUAAUCAACUUUGUCCCAGCAGAUGGCCCAACAUUUGGUAAAAUAAUUUGUGAACACCCUCAACUUGCUGGUAUCAACUUCACUGGAAGCACGAAAACCUUUCGUGCUAUAUUGAAAAUGAUUGGCGACAAUGUUGAUAAGUAUCGUGGUUAUCCAAGAACUAUAGGUGAAUGUGGCGGCAAAAAUUAUCAUUUUAUCCAUCCAUCUGCAAACUUGGAAGAAGCUGCUCUCGGCACUAUCCGAAGUUCAUUUGAAUACUCUGGUCAAAAAUGUAGCGCAUGUAGUCGACUUUUUGUACCAGAAAAUUUAUGGCCAAAAUUUAAACAACUUUUACUUGGUCAUUAUGAACAAUUGAAAAUAGGAUCACCACUUGAUUCAGAUACAUUUUCAUCUGCAGUUAUUGAUCAUACUGCAUUCAAUAAAAUCUCUGGCUAUCUACAAUAUGCAUCCAGUUGUCCAGAUAUUGAAGUUGUCGCCGGUGGUCAUAGAGAUGACAGCGUUGGUUACUUUAUUCAGCCUACAAUUUUGAUUACUAAUAAUCCAACAGACAAGUUAAUGAAGGAUGACAUUUUUGGACCGGUUUUAUGCACAUAUUUAUAUCGUGAAAAUGAAAUUGAGAAAACCUUAGAUCUUGUUGAUUCAACUACAGAUUAUGCAUUAACUGGUUCCAUUUUUGCUCAGGAUGAAGAAUUUAUUAAGUAUGCAACUGAUCGCCUUAUCGAUACAACUGGUAAUUUUUAUGUAAAUGUUCAAUCCACUGGAUCUGUAGUUGGUCAACAACCAUUUGGCGGAGCUAGAUUAUCAGGCUGUUACUGAUGGUAUCCGGCCAAUGGAUGUUGAGUAAAAACUAACUCGCUGAAAAACGCAAGCGUAUAUAUACAGCAUAAAAAUGUCCUUGGGAAACGGUACAAAAUAGCAUACUAAAAGAGACAACGAACCAAUGGUAUUUAAGGUCCCUCCAAGUGGGAAAUACAACACGAAGGUGAAAAGGGGGUUUUUGGUGCGAAAACAAGAAAUUCGAAUUUUUACAAUGGAAUUACAAAAAUAAGGCAUUUACAAAGUACAAAUGAUAAGGCCGGUGGACCUCAAUACACUUUGAAAUUCACUUCUCCGCUUUCGAUUAAAACACAAAUUAAACCCAUUCCAUCAUGGAAACAAGCACAUAUGAUUGAUUAAUUGUUUGAUUCACUUUUACUAUUUGGAAAUUACUCAUUGCAUACGUAUAAGGCCUAAUCGUUGAACCAUCCUUAUACUUGUUAUUUCAACAAAAUGUUUGUACUCUUUUUUAAUCUUACAUGUAAUAAAUUUUAUACUUUUCGAUGA